AUGGAAUUUCCUACCGGUGGACCUGUAGCACGCGACAUGAAAGGAAAUCUCAACAAGAAAUUCCAUCCAACUGACUUGAACGAUGCCUUCCAAGCCAUCAAAAAUUCCGGAUCAUUCGCUGGUUGGGAUGCGCUUCCGACCACUCCACCUGCUCGGUUCUUGUUCGAAGGAAUUGGUGAAAUUGGCUUGCCGCUCCACGACGGGUGA